GUCUUCAAUUUUAAGAAACUCAUCUUCCGAAUCUUGGAACCCAAUUUCUACCACCCAAUUUAAGAACUACCCAAACCCUCUUUCGCAUUUAAAAACCCUUCCCUCAAAGAUCAAACUUUGAUUUUCUUCUUCUUCUCUUAAGUAGCAGUGAAGUAGCAGAGCAUCUUCUAGUAAGGAAGAAAAAAUAUGGCAAAGUGUUUUGGAGGUCUCGGAAGCAAACCCAGGAAGAAAUGUUCAUCUUCUUCCUCAUUCCGACCUCUUCUCUGCAACUGCAAUCUUGACGGCUCUGUGUUCUCACCACUUAAAGGACCAGCAAGAUCAAUUAGAGAUGCCCCACCUGCACACUAUGUCUUGAAGAUUCUUUCAUUUUCAGCACUUACAAAGGAAUAUAAUUCAUCGGUCUUUGAAGCCGGAGGCUACAAAUGGAAGUUGUGCAUCUAUCCAAAAGGGAACAAACAUGAAAAGGGGGAAAAUCAUAUUUCCAUUUACUUGGUCAUGGCAGAUUCCAAUUCAUUAGCUCUUGGUUGGGAGGUUAAGGCCAGCUUCCGGUUCUCUUUGUUUAACCAAAUCCAUUGCAAUUACUUGACAGCUAAAGUUCAUGGGAGACAUUUCAAUGAGAUCAAGAAAGAGUGGGGUUUUGCUCGAUUCAUUUCCCUUGGCAGUUUCAGAAAAUAUUCCAAUGGAUACUUAGUCAAUGAUCAAUGUGUAUUUGGAGUAGAGGUCUUCGAUAUCAUCCACGAUAGACAUACAUGGAGAGGUGAAUGUUUAUCGCUGAAAAAGGAAUUUAUUAGGGACAGCAGAUACACUUGGAAGAUCACAAGAUUUUCACAGUUAGGGACAGAUCAAUGUUCGUCACCUGAGACAUUAAUUGUGGAGGACUACAUAUGGAGAAUCAGUAUCUUUCGAGAAGGAAAUGGCAGUGCAAAGGGCAACAAUAUAUCUUUAUACUUAAAUUUGAUUAAUCACAAAGUCCUUCCUACUGGUUGCAAACUGAAUGUCUCUUGCUACUUACGAGUUGUAGACCAAAUACAUGGGAUGCACCAAAGCCAUAGCGGUAGUGAAUGGUUUGAUGAUUCAAAGAGCUCUUGGGGUUUCAAGAGGUUCAUGCCACUUAUUGAAUUCAACAACCCAGAAAAGGGUUUUUUGGUGAAUGAUACAUGCAUUGUGGAAGCAAAAAUUGCCAUUAUUGGAAAAACUAAUGCAUUCUCAUGAACAAGCUAGUUAAGCUGUUGAGUGUAGUUUCCCACUUCCAUUUUUUAAUUUACAACUUGGGUGUUGUAUUACUGUUACCAAUUUUAAUUUUAAUUCUAACUUCUAACAAGA